CGUAAUUAUGCCGUCCCCCCUCAUGAUUUUGCCAACUUAUUUAUCCUCCAAACUGGCUGAGAUGGUGCGUUGAUGGCAUUUCCUCCGCAAACAGACGAGCCGAGCCGCAUUUCACUUUGCGCGGGUCACACUGGGACUCUUGUCGGUUUUUUAUCAGAUGUUCCUCCUGCCAAGUAUUCCUGUGUACAAGUAUAACGAGUUUAAUGUAGUAUAAUCUCAUCAGUUACGGAGCCACGAGGACGCUGCGCGGGGCCGUGCUCUCGCGCGUCCAAGUAUUUUUACACACAUGCUCCUUCUCUCGCAGAGCUCAGUCAGCGUUUGACUCGGUAGCGGCAGGGGAUCCAGGAUUUCCACUUGUCAGUCCCCGGCACCGACAACCAACUACAUCCCCCCUCGGUUAAGAUGUCCAAGUUGGAUCAGGUCCUCGUCCUCGACCCCCCCUCCGACCUCAGAUUUAAAGGUCCUUUCACAGAUGUAGUCACCACCAACCUCAAACUGAAGAACCCCUCUGACAGAAGAGUGUGUUUCAAAGUGAAGACGACGGCCCCCCGCCGGUACUGCGUACGGCCAAACAGCGGAGUCAUCGACGCCGGCUCCGCCGUCAUCAUCUCUGUUAUGCUUCAGCCCUUUGAAUACGACCCCAAUGAGAAGAGCAAACAUAAAUUCAUGGUGCAGACCAUUUUUGCACCGUCAAAUGUCACGGAUAUGGAUUGCUUGUGGAAAGAUGCGAAGCCCGAUGAUCUCAUGGAUUCCAAGCUGAGAUGCGUGUUCGAGCUGCCAUCUGAAAACGAUAAAGUGAACGACGUGGACGCCAGCAGAUCGGCCCCGGUGAUGAACUCGGUGAAGGCCGAGUCGACGGCGGCCGCCGCUCCCGGCGCCACGGGCGACGAGUCGGAGAUGAAGAAACUCCUGGAGAAGUACAAGAGGCUGCAGGCCGAGAACAACAAGCUGGCCGACGAGAACCGGCAAUUAAAGGACGAUGGAGUCGGAAUUAGAAAGAUGGCCCGCCCAGACCACAGGACGCCAAACUCCAAUAACCUCCUGGGCCGGGAAUCCAGCGCCGCCUUUCUGCCCUCCCUCCUCGUCGUCAUAGCAGCCAUUUUCAUUGGAUUUUUCUUGGGGAAGUUCAUCUUGUAGACUGGGAGAUGCAUGCUGGCCGUAUCCUCCGCCCCCCCCCCCCCCCCCCCCCACCCCCC